AUGCAAUCAAGCGAUGCUGCCACAACAAUCGUGCAGCAUGGCUCAACUCCAGUCUCUGCUGAUGCGCUGAUCGGAACUAAGCAGGAUCUGGCGAAGCAGCUGUCAACAUCCACCAAUACGAGUGAUGGAGGUAUCAUUUCGCAGUUGACUAGCAACCCAUUCUUCACUGCUGGCUUCGGACUCGCUGGACUUGGUGCUCUGGCUGCGUUCGGACAACGUGGUGUUCGUCGUGCAGCAGGUCUUGUUCGUCAACGAUUACUCGUUGACGUGGAGAUCAGUAUUAAGGAUGAAUCUUAUGGAUGGUUCCUGCUCUGGAUGACCCAGCACGAGAAACGGCAACUGAUGCUGAGAACGGCCCAGGGAACCCCUAAAGCUACUGCGUCAACCUUGUCUUUAGGUCAGCGCAUGUUGCAAAGACUUACUCCACGAAUGCGCCAUCUCGCGGUUGAAACUUCCAAGCUCGAGCUACCUAAUGGUGCAAUCACAACUCAUACCACUCUGAUCCCUGGACCAGGUCAGCAUUUCAUCCACUACAAUGGCACCAUUAUACAUGUGAAUCGCCAACGCGAGGCUAACCGUACUGAGAUGCUGCAGGGAGGCUCCAGACCCUUCGAGACCACGACCCUAACCACUCUCUACCGAGAUCGCUUCGUCUUCGAGUCCAUCUUUCGGGAAGCAAAUCAGCUUGCAGUGGAAGCAGUUGAAGGCAAGACAGUCAUCUAUACUGCAAGAGGUGUUACAUGGGAGAAAUUCGGGCAUCCAAGACAAAAGCGACCUUUGGAUAGUGUUAUACUUGAAAAAGGUGUGAAAGAGCGCAUCGUUGCAGAUAUUCAAGACUUUAUAGCCUCGCAUAAAUGGUAUGCUGAUAGAGGUGUGCCGUACCGACGUGGCUACUUGCUGUACGGUCCACCUGGCACUGGCAAAUCAUCCUUCAUUCAAGCAUUGGCUGGUUAUCUGGACUACGGCAUAGCAAUCAUUAACUUGUCAGAACGCGGUCUGACCGACGACCGCCUGAAUCAUCUUCUUACUAUCAUCCCACAACGAACUCUCGUCCUACUUGAAGAUGUUGACGCAGCCUACAACAAUCGUAGGCAGAAGAUAGACUCUGAUGGAUAUGCUGGUGCCAAUGUCACCUUCUCUGGUCUUCUCAAUGCACUCGACGGUGUGGCUAGCGCCGAGGAGCGUAUGCUGUUCCUUACCACCAAUCACAUUGAACGACUAGAUGAGGCACUAGUCAGACCUGGUAGGGUUGAUAUGACUGUUCGACUUGGCAAUGCCACUGCGUAUCAGAUCUCAGCCUUGUGGGACCGCUUUUACGGCGAUAUCGAUGCAGACGAAGCCACAAAGCAAGAAAAGAAGAGCUUGUUCAUGACUCGACUCGUGAAAUAUGGCGCACUAGCCAACCUCGAAGACCAUACCCCUAGCUCGACAAGCACAGCUGCUCUGCAAGGGUUGUUUCUUUACAACAAGGGCAAUCCCGAUGGUGCUAUUGACAUGGUCUGGCAGUUGAGUCCUGGUGAAAUGCCAAACGCUCCUCUGGCAGAGCCCAAGAUUCAGACGAACUCAUCGUGA